CCGGCACCAACAUCAAAAAUAAAAAGUGAACAAAAAGUAGUGUGAAAAAAAAAAAUUAUUUUCUGUAAUUUUUCAAGUAAAAAACGUACUUUUGGAAGCCGGAAAGCAGCAGCAGCACGGACAGGACCUCGUCAGGAGGGGAGUAAAGGGGCGUUCCGCCCAGGAAAGCCCCCCGCGCUAGUUCAUGCAAAGCACGUCCUUCGACUGGAGCACACGAGUGUGGCAUAAGGGACCCGAUCCUUGCAGCCCUGGCUGAGCGACCCUGUGCGCCCCCAAUCCCCCCCAGCAUGUCCGAGCCGUCAGUGCCCACCGAAGAGCUGUGCUCCCCCAUAGCGAACGCCGAAAUGUCCAACUCCUCCAGCAUGUCCCUGGCCUCCACUGCGCUCGACUUCAUCCACACUGGAUGUGUGCCGCUUCUGGAACGCACGGCCACAGGCCUAGAUUCGCUGCCGGAGAAGGAGCUGGAAGCCAGUAGCCAGGUAGUGAAAGCAGCAGCAGGACCAGGAUCAGAGGUGGGACCAAUAGCAAGAUCCGACUCGCAUCUUCAAGCAGAAUCGGAGGUACGCCCAGAAGCGGGAUCAGAGGCCAUGCCAAGCGCGGGAUCAGACCCACCUCCAAAAGCCGAAUCCGAGGCAAGAGCUGAAGCAGGGCCCGAGGCAAUUCCAACAGCGGCAUCGCACCCACAUCCAAAUGCUGGAUUAGAGGCACUAGCGAAAGCAGGAUCAAUGCCACAACAAAAAGCAAGAUCAGAGCCACAGCGAAGUGCAGUAUCAGACCCACAUCCAAAAGCCGGAUCUGCGGUAUUACCAAAAGCGGGAGGACCAGAGGCGAAAGCAAGAUCAUUUCCAGAACCAGAUCCAGCACAGGAUUCAGCAAAUGAUACAUCACCUAACGCAGUACCUAAUUCAGCACCCGAAGCAGUACCUCAUAUAGCCACUCUUUUAGCACCUGAUGCAGUACCCGAAUCAGCACCAGAUUCAGCCCCUGACGCAGUACCUAAUGCAGCCCUAGAUUCGGCACCGGAUUCAGCGCCUCAUUCAGCACCAGAUCCGGAAGAAGAUCCGGCACCAGAUCCACCACCAGAUCCUCCAGCAGCGUCCGAACCCCAACGGGAAGCGGGACCAGAAGUCAGAUCGGAGACGCCCAGGGCUAACCCGCAGGGCCCAGCCACAAUCGAGUCGCCACUGAGUAUACUAGAAAUUUCGGUCAGCGCUCAAAUGUCCCCGGACGCGCCCGUCUUCUAUCCAACGGGCACCUGUCUGGCACGCAUCCUGUCCAACGAGGAGGAGACGCUGCCGCGCUUCUCGCCGUCGAGGAGCGCGUUUGAGUUUGGCCUCGAGAACGGCACCGGCCCAUACAUUGGCCCAGGAGGCGACAUUCCCCGAAGCUAUCAGUUCGUGAACCCCGAAAGUGGCGAGCGCAACUGCAACAGCUUCGGCCUGGGCAUGAGGCGCAGCAGUUUCGCUAUCGAUAGUCAGGGGACCGACCAGCAGCAACCGGAUCCCGCCACUCCUUGGACGGCCUACUACUACGGCAGGGGGGGGGCCGCCGAGGAACCCACCUUCUCAAGAGCCAACAGUUGCACCGCCGAAUUCGUCGCGGAGUCAUCUAUGAGCGGAUCCUCCCCAGAGUUUCCGUCCUUUGAGUCCUUCGCCGCGCAGCUGGACGAGAUCGGGUUGUCGCGCGACGAGUUCAUGGCCACGUUGCGCAACCUCUUAAUACGGGCCAACGACCUGAUGGCGCCGCUACUCCGCGGGGCCUUCCAGCACAUGACGCCCAUCCAGAUGGCCGAGUACACGACCGCCAUUCUCGAGACGCCGCCGCUUCAUCCGAGUCUCUUCAUGCCGGCGAACGUGCCUCGUCCGUGGACGGGCAUUACUGGAAUCAACCUGCCCUUCGACCUCCAUCCGCACAGCCUCACGCCCGACGAUCUGGCCCGCAUCCAGGCAAUUCCCAAGGCAGUCGACGCCGCCACCCAGACGGAGUACCGUUGCAUGUGCAUGUUCAUCGCGACGGGGGGUUCUUUGCCAGCGCAAGCUCCAUCAUCGCUACCGCCGACCUACUUUCCAGGACCGUCGCCCAUCAACGGACCGCGGAUGACGGUGCAAGUCGGAGGACAGAGUGGAGCCGGCGGACCGAGGGUUCCGCAGCCGUAUCCACCCAUGUCGGUGCCAGGAUCUUCGCAGAACGCACCACCAGCACCACCGCCCCAACCGCAGUCGUUCGGCUUCUGGGCCAGGCCCGUGGCAGUGCCGAUGCAUCCACACCAGGUCCCGCACCCAACGACGCAUCGCAUGCCCCGACAACCUCAUCCGCACGUCGCCUUUUCCCAUCCACCGCCUCACCCGCAUCCGCUCCCUGGAAUGCAGCAGGUAGUGCAGCCGGGAAUGCAGCAGGGAAUGCAGCCGGGAAUGCAACCGGGAAUGCCGCCUGGUCAUGCGAUGGCGCCGCAGCACAAGAUGGGCGGAGCAAAGCGCUACUCAGAGACGGGUAACUAUCGUGGCUACCGUCCACCGGGUCCCUACAGUCCGCGCAACCAUACGAACCAGGGGCGCUAUGGUGCCAUCGGCAGCGGGCGUCCCACCCAGAACAACGGUCGCAACUUCCCGAACUCUCACUUCCCGAGCUCGAACUUCCACAACUCGAACUUCCACAACUCGAACUACCGUGGACACCCCCUGUACGCGAGGACGGGUGCCAGCCAGCCGAUGGCUUUUGUACCACCUACUCCCGCCGGUAACUCGGUCCAGCCGAUCGACCCGGGCAUGCCGCUAAGGUUCAAUCUGGGCCCGCAGUUUGGCAAUGUGGCCGAUCUACACACCACCACCGUCGCCGCCAGACAGGAAGCUUCGGACUCGUCGCCCACCGAUUCCACCACCACCGAGGACUCUAGUCCCCGAUCGCAGAUCGUGGCCGCCAAUGCGAAUCGCCAGGGCAGCGAGGAGAGCAGCUACGCGGAGGAGGAGGACUCCGACGAAGACGACGACGAGGGGGAGGAAGAGGACGAGGAGGCCGAGGAGGAGGUCACCGAAGAAGACGACGAUGACGAGGAGGAAGAGGAGAGUGAUGAGCAGAACGCCGAUGGCCGAGCCACGGAAGGGAGCCGAGCUGCUGGGGAAUGGAACGGCAUGGCGCGCCAGCCGCCUAGGCCGUCGUCCUCUCCCGAUCCCCGGUCCUACUGCUUCGGCGAGGUGGAGUUCAUGAACUACGUUAACACGCCCAUACUGCCCGGUUCGGGCCAGCCGAGUUUUGGGGCCUCCUAUAUGGAGCACGGCUCACCGCAAACCCCGCGGCCCAAUGUGCCCUGCGCCCAGGUUUCGCCCCACGUCACGCCUAGCCACUUCCCAGGCUAUCGCGCUGCUCGGGACCAGCCAUCGCAGCCAAGCCAGGCUUUGCCUCCAUUGCCUAAAAUGCCCCCGAUGCCCCCGAUACCUCCGAUGCCUCCCGUGGCUCAGAUGCCAGGCAGCAGCUUCGUGUCCAAUGCAGUCCCAGGUGGCGUCCCGAUGGGAGAUGCCCAGUUCAAGGAACCCUCGACGUCGCAGGAGCAGUUUAACAACCAAUUCAACCCAGGCGGACCAGCCUUGUUUGGCCAACAGCGACCAAAUCCCGACUACAAUGCAGCUUUGAUGAAUCAGGAGUCGGGCCCCAGUGGCAUCUACAUUAGACCCCCGGGCCCCCAGCCCCAGGCCAUGUUUCCAAUGCGGCAGGAGCGGCCCAUGGCCCCGAUCCUAUUCGAGGUGGGCGGCAAUCGCAGCCACAGCUCGGGCUCGCCAAUGGUGAUGCAGAACGUCACUGGCAACAUGGGUCUAAUGAAUACCCACGGACACGGACACGGACAAGGACAUGGACGAGGCAGAGGUUCCAGUCGCGGGCCCCAUGGCCCCAAUCUGUAUGGUCAGAUGAACCACCAGCCCCAUCAGAACCACCAAACCCUCCAGUCCAACCACAACGUGUCUUUUAACGGCAACAUGGGCCAGAACAUGUCUUCGCAUAUGCGCGGAGGUCCGGUGAACCACAUGAACCAGGUCAACCACAUGGGCCCAACGGGCAGGGGCAUGAACAUGGCCGUCGGGCUGCUGCCCGUGCCGGUGCAGAUGCUCAGUCCAAGCCGGAUGGCGCAGCCAAACAUGCAGCAGAGUAUGCAGCAUCCCAACAUGCAACAGGGAAUGCACCAGGGAAUGCCACAAGGAAUGCCACAAGGAAUGCCACAAGGAAUGCCGCAAGGAAUGCCACAAGGAAUACCACAAGGAAUGCCACAAGGAAUGCCACAAGGAAUGGCUCAGGCAAUGACACAAGGAAUGCCACAACCCAUGACACAAGGAUGGCAACAGGGAAUACCUCAAGGAUUGCCCCAAGGAUUGGCCCAAGGAUUGCCUCAAGGAUUGCCCCAAGGAUUUCCACAGGGUAUCCCCCAAGGACUGCCUCAGGUAAUUCCCCAGGGAUUGCCCCAGGGUAUCUCGCAGCCUAAUAUGCAACAGGGAACACCAAUGAACCUCCCGCCCCACAACCGCAUGAGUCCUCGCCACAAUCCCAACGCGAUGCCCAACUACCAUUCCAAUAGCCACAACCCGGUAAUGACCAAGGUGCAGUCGAUGCACGGAGCAGCUGGACGAGCCAAUGGUGUCAAUGGCGAAAACAAUCAACAAAUGAGUGCUGCUCCAGCUCCUGUCCCCACCACCGUUCCCGGGUCCGGCCCCAACCCAAGUCCCGGUCCUCUACAGAAUUUAGCAACCAACAUGGCGAACAUGCCGCAGCCGACCACUCCAAGUAACCCCGGAUCGGGGGUGUCGUCACCAGCCACUCCAAGGCCCAUUCACCCACCCGGAACCCCUGCUCCGGAAGGGACUUUCCCCCAGCCGAAGAUCACCCAGCCAUCCUACGCCUCCCUGUUGCAGUAAAAGAUUUAACCAAUUCGGCUACCUCAUUCGUCUUCCGACCACAAUUUUUAAAUUGAAUGUAACCUGCAUCUUGGCCAAAUAACAUCAGAUCGAGUGUCAUCACUCGGUCAGUCGGAGACCCAAUCAUCCGACCCUGCUCUGGAAAAGAAGACGACCCUACCAACUAACCGAAGAUGACCCUACGUUGAUUUGAUUAAUACUACCUUUUUCGUCUUCCGGAAACUACUUUUCACUUCCCAUGUAACCUACGUGUUUUUAUUUUUGGGUCAAAUAAACAACGCACACUUCA